GUCAUAUUGAAAUAAGGCGAAGUGUGAAUUUCAGUUUUUCAACAACUAACCGUUAGUUUUUGAUUUAAAAGUACUUUAUUUUUUCUUGCAUAGAUGUGGUUCGAGAUCCUGCCAUCUGUAAUCAUCGUAAUGGCAUCUGUCGCUGUUCCACACGGUAUCGCUUACAUAUUUAACAAAGUGCUGAACGGAAACAUGUACCGCAGAGACGUUACAGAAAUGGAUCAAAAGUUGCAAUAUCUCAGAGACGUUAGACUGACCAAUGAUGCUUAUAAAAUGGCGGGAUUAGAGAAUAUUCCUGAUGGUAGUGAUGAGGAAGAUGAUUGCGAAUUUGAGGAAAUUGAAGAGGAAUGUGAUGAAGAGGAAGAAUCUUAAUGUACCUACUAAUUAUUUAUGAACCUGAGUUUAUUGUUAAAAAUACAAACCCAGUGUACAAGUUAACGGAAGAAUAAGUUUAUGUUGCAUUGGAAUUGGUGAGCAAACAAGGUGCCCCUAUGUCUUGCAAUAAAUAACAAUCCUAAUAUUUUUUUAA